AUGGCUUCUCAAGUCACAUCGCCAAAUGAAAGAGUGUCUCGACAAACUCGAACCUCUUGGCCACUCGCCCACCACCCGAGUAGGAAGCGUUCUUCUUCCCUGAUACCUUCCAAAUUGCCAUCAUCUAUUACCUACCAACGUCUGAUAAGCCCGAACUCCCCAGAGCGUGGCCGAAAUUUGUUUCAACAAAUCUAUGGAAAACUCGACAUUCCAGUCUAUUCUACACUGGUAUCCAAGCUCAUGCCAUGGAGAUGGUGGAAAGGCGCAUCGGACGAUGUAAUGAGCCUUGCAUGGUCGGAGGAUGGGACGAGGUUCGCUGCGGGAGCCAUUUCGCAGGAUCACUACAAUCGCAAAAACAACCUCGUUCUCGGCAAUCUCACGCGAAAUUCAUUGACUGAACUCCCUGGCCAUUACAUAACAUAUAACUCAGAUCAGAGCAUUGCUCAUUUCGAAGAUCAUCACCAACAUGCAACAGUGUCUCACACGGAAUGGAUUGGACAGCAGCUGUUCACGGCGAGUUACGACAAGACCGUCAAGAUCUGGGAUAUUGAACAAGGUGCCACCUGUGUCAAAACCUUGAAGCACGAUUCGGAGGUCAUAUCUAUGGCUUAUUCCACGCAUGCUCCAAAUCUGCUGGCAACUGCUUCCAAGUCGUUUUCCCUGUGGGAUCUUCGAGACGAACACAACCCUAUUUGCAUGCCGCUGCCUAUCCAGAGAGCCCCUCGUCAAAAAGCGCUUGAUCUAGUUGCCACAGAUAUUGCCUGGGGCCAAGGCUCUGCCAUGGGACGCAUCUUAGUGGGAGGUAUGGGUAUGGCGGAAAGAAAUGAUGAGCUCCAAGAAGCUCUUGCGGGCCAUCUCCAGGUUUGGGGUAUAGAAGAAUCGACAAUAUCCACCCGGAGGGUCUUACCGAACUCGCAGCACAUCUUUCAUAUCGCCUGGCACCCCACUGAGGAACAAUUUGCGACUGCAAGCUCAACAUUAGGGUUAAUGCUUCCUCGCAACUUCCGCACAUCAGUACAGGUCUAUGAUCUAUCGAGCAACAAAUCAGUGAUCACCAACAGAUUUCCUUGCCCAGCAUAUGACAUCAACCAGGUGACAUUCUGCCCUAGCGGCCCGUAUGUAACUGCGAGCUGCACCGAUAGAAAUACAUAUGUGUGGGAUGAGCGAAAUGCCGAGCAGGUACUCCACACACUAUCCCAUGGACCCUCAGUGCUCCCAGUCGGGGGAUACCAGCUGGAGAACGAGGAUUACGGCGUUGGCGCUGCAUUGUGGGGUACAACCAUUGACCAGUUCUACACUGGCAGUUCAGACGGCGUUCUGAAACAGUGGGACAUCCUACGCGCCCCUGAAGAUGUAUGCGUGGGGGAGACUGCGAGAUUCGGCGCCGGGAUAACGAGAGGGCUCUUUUCGGACGAUAAGUCCCAUCUUCUCAUCGGCGAAGCUGGUGGUGGAAUUCACGUUCUCUCAUCUGGGCCAUGCUCGGAUCCUGAACCGGCCGAGAUGGAAUUCUUUCACGCUCCUGUUUCUGUGAGCUCUGAGCAUCAAUCGUCACCGGUUGAUUCCUAUGCGAACGAGCUCUUACACUCUGGUCAACUAGCGUUACACCCAAUCUAUGGCCCGAUCCAAGGACCGCAGUACUCUGGGCCUUUUGCUGGCUGGGCUCGAGGCAUUGAGCAGGAGCAGGAGCAAAAGCAGGUUCUGCGAGAUAUCCCGCUACUCGAGGAGUACCGACUACGCCAAUUCGACGGACCCCCUGUCAACUAUCGACACAGCCUCAGCAAUGAAGCAAAGGCGAAUGUUCAAGGAUACUUUGAUAUUGCGCAGGCUCGCUCCCAGCUUGCUAGACACCUUCAGCGGGAGAAAGAUCGCACUGGCGGCGGCGGCAUCAACAAAAGCGGGACUUUGAGCUCGACCUCUAGCUGCCCAUCAUCAGCUUCGAAGAGGCCAACGAAACAAAAAGCAAAAACAGGGCGGAAAGUAAGACGCGAGAAAGGGUUGAACGCUGUUAUCACUAAGAUAAACGAAGUAAUCAUUGAUCUGACGAUUGAAUCGAGUUGCAAUACAGCUAUCGAUUUAACGAUCGAUGCACCUGUUAUUGACUUGACUUCUGAAACUGGGACUGGAUUAUUAUGCAAGGAAGCUUUGUCGGCGUGUACAACUUGUACAUACAAUGAGGAUAUGGAAGAAGAUUACUGGUGGCCGGAGAACAGCUUCGUUGAUGCUAAUCUUCCUCGUCGGCUGAUGGUGCAAGAAUAG